ACGCUCACCGCCACCCCACCUGCUCUUCCUCCUGCUCUAGUUGCUGCUUCUCCUGCUGCUGUUUCGCGUGCUGUGCCUCCUACCUUGACCUGACAGGCUUUCACUUAUCUCGCUAGAUACCGGUCUUUAGGGUUUGAUCGAUACAUCAUAUUGGCGCGUGGCAUGCGUUGUGUGUGAGGGCGGCGGUGGAUGUGAGGUGCGGACCGGCAUGGGCUGUUUCCUAUCGGUCGAGGUCGAGGCCCCAAGUGCGCCGUCGUCCAAGCCCGCAGAGGGCAACCACUCCACAUCGUCGGGCGCUCCCAGGUCCGUAAAAAGCGGCGGCUCGAGCGCGUCGUUAUCUAAAUUAAGGAGCUCCGCGUCGGGGCUAGGGAACGACCCGGGAGGGGGGACGGGGCCGCCGCCAGCGCGGCGGCUGAAGCUGAAGGAGUUUCUGACGAUCACCAACAACUUCGACGAGAACGGCGUGCUGGGCGAGGGCAGCUUCGGCAAGGUGUACCGCGGCGUGUGGGACGAGGCGGCGGGCGGCAAGGGCGGCGUGGGCGAGGUGGUGCGCACGCAGGUGGCGGUGAAGAAGCUCAACCCGGAGAGCUUCCAGGGCUACGAGGAAUGGCUGGCGGAGGUGCUGCUGCUGGACAAGCUGCGGCACCCCAACCUGGUGCGCCUGGUGGGGUACUGCGCGGAGAAGGGCGAGGCGCUGCUCAUGUACGAGCUCUGCCCCAACGGCUCCCUCGACGACGUCCUCUUCGAACCGGAGGAGUACGUGCUGUCGUGGGAGCAGCGCGUGCGCAUCGCGCUGGACGCGGCAAAGGGGCUGGCGUACCUGCACGAGAGCAACAUCAUCCACCGCGACUUCAAGGCCUCCAACAUCCUGCUCGCCGAGGACUACUCGGCGCGCCUAACGGACUUUGGCAUGGCGCGAGCGGGGCCGGACGGCGGGGAGACGCACAUCUCGACGCGAGUCAUGGGCACGCUGGGCUACCUCGACCCCACCUACAUGGAAACCGGGCGGCUGACGAAGAAGAGUGACGUGUACGCGUUCGGGGUGCUGCUGCUGGAGCUGCUGACGGGGCGCCGCACCACGGGCGAGAGCGGCAACGACAGCCUCACCACAUGGAUUCGCCCGUUCCUGUCGCAGCGCCGGCCAGACCUGAACCUGCUGGUGGACCCACAGCUGAAGGGCGAGUUCAGCAAGGCGGGCGCCGUGAAGAUGGCCAUCCUGGGCAAGCACUGCAUCCACGACGACCCCGGCCUCCGGCCCGACAUGACCACGCUCGCCGAGAACCUCGAGCUCGUAGACAUCACCGACCCCGCGCCACAGCCGCCCCCGCCCUGAUAGGGGGAGGGUGCCUCGCAGGCUGUGCUAGGGUGACGCGUGCUAGUGUGCUUUUGUUGUGCAUCGAUGUGGUAGAUGUAUUUAUAGCGGUGCAUGUGCACCCGGGCUUAGAAGUGAAUGCAUAUUACAUGCAUUUUUAUUUGUUUUAGAAAAUAAGGGGUCCAUUCUAUUGGCGUAGUUUGCAUGGCUUAGUGACUGAUCAAAGCAGUUCUCUCAGAAUUAAUAUACGUACUAUGUCACC